CAUCAGCCAAGCGCUCCCACGAACAGCGAGCGUUGUGGUCGGAAGUUUGCUGUGGACGAGACUGAGAGCAGCUUCCAAAACAUCGCAGUUCUCCGGUACCUAAAUCUAACGAGAUCUCUAAUUAGUUCAACGAUCGCGGCCGCAGGUAGCUGCGGCGCAACAAGCCCAUUCGCGAAACAGCAAACGUCAAAGCAACGAGCAGAGACCCCGUCCCACGUGCGGACCUCUGUGGUCCAUGCCUCCCACGGACGUCCCACCCGCUCCCGGCCCCUCCAACCCCAUCACCUCCUCACAACCCUCGACAUCCGCUCCCAGGCGACGACCACGCGUCGACUCCUUCGACACCGACCCGAGCGCCGCCCAUUCCACCCUCGGCACCAGGCCCGCGACAACAACCCGUCCCGACCCCAAGCGCCCGCGUUCCGAACUCUACACCCCGACCGCCGCUCCAGCAACAACAAUGUCGGCCAGACUACAAGGCAAGCGCCCUGAGGUAAUAGACCUCACCAGCCCCGCCUCUGCCUCCCACCACCACAGCCUGCACCCGUCCCGCCCAGCCCUCCAACCACACCUCGGUGCCCGCAAGCUCGUCGUUAAGAACCUCCGCCCUUCCCCGACACUCUCCUCGUCCUCCACAUCCGGCCCCACGAAAACAACAACAACAACAACAACAACAGGAACAACAACACCGUCAUCGGUAGACGCCUACUACUCGCGCAUCCAAGCCGAGCUAGACAGCGCGCUGUCCUGCAUCUUCGCCGGCAAGCCGACCGCCCAGCCGCUCGAGCGGCUGUACCGCGGCGUCGAGGACGUCGUGCGCCGGGGCAGAGAGGAUGCGGCCGAGCUGAUGGAGCGGCUGCGCGCCAAGUGCGAGCGCUGGCUGGCCGGCGCGGAGAUGCUGGGCGGGCUGUGGGAGGAGUAUUUCCAGACUGCUGCUGUUGGUUCUUCGUCCUCCUCUUAUUCGACUUCUGGGGGAGGGGAAAAUGAUGGUGGUGGUGGUUCUGCUAUUGGGCCCGGGGAUGUGCUGCUUCGGGAGGUGGUUGCCAGGUGGAGGAGGUGGAAUGAGGUUGUUUUUGUGAUUAGGGGGGUGUAUAGUUAUUUGGAUCGGGGGUAUUUGAUGAUGCGAGGUGGAGGUGAGGGUGGGAGGGGGAGGAUGGGGAUCAAUGAGAUGGGGAUCGUGCUGUUCCGGAAGGCCGUGUUUGGCUCGUCCAAGGGCGUGACGGUGCAGGGGACGGCAGUGUUGGAGGCGGUAUGUCGGUUGGUGGAUUAUGCUCGGCACGGGGACGAGCGCGCAGACGAAGGUCUGCUGAAGGACGCAAUCGUCAUGUUGAGACUCUGCGGCGUCUACGGAAAGUCGUUCGAGCCCAUGUUUCUAGACAGGUCACAUCGGUACUUUGAGCGGUUUGCCAGCGAGAUGAGCACCGGACAUGGGCUCAAGGGUUACAUUGGCGAGGUGGCAGCGCUGCUAGAGCGGGAGAGUGCCAGAUGCGACGGGUUCAACUUCGAGAGCACCACCAAGCGGCUGGUCCUGGGCGACGCCCAUCGGGUGCUUAUCGAGACGUACUCGGAGAAGCUGCUCGACAGCGGCAGCGUCGCGCGAUUGCUGGAAGCCCACGAUGUCGAGUCUAUGAAGGCCCUCUACGAGCUGCUAAAGCUGUCCGGCCUGCAGAAGCGCCUCAAGGUCCCUUGGGAGCACUACAUUCGCCAAACUGGGUCGGCCAUUGUUAGCGACACCGAGCGAGGAGACGAGAUGAUCAUCCGCCUGCUGGAACUGCGGCGGUCGCUGGACAUCAUAAUACGGGACUCCUUCUCCAAGGACGACGUCUUCUACUACGCGCUCAGGGAGUCGUUUGGCCAGUUCAUCAAUGAUAGAAAAAUAUCGUCGGCGUGGAACACAGGCACGUCCAAGGUCGGCGAGAUGAUUGCCAAGUACAUCGAUAUGCUACUGCGCGGGGGUCUCAGGACGCUCCCAACGUCACUCUUGUCAGAUUCCCAGGACAGGGCUGACGCCGAGAGAAGCGGCCUGGCGAGCACCGGCGACGAAGAUGCUGAGCUGGACCGGCAACUGGACAACGCCCUCGAGCUCUUCCGCUUCAUCGAAGGAAAGGACGUUUUCGAAGCGUUUUACAAGAAAGACUUGGCGCGCCGGAUACUCCUCGGUCGCAGCGCGAGCCAGGACGCCGAGCGGAGCAUGCUCGCCAAGCUCAAGGUCGAGUGCGGUUCCAGCUUUACCCACAACCUGGAGCAAAUGUUCAAAGACCAGGAGCUGGCCAAGGAGGAGAUGGCUUCAUACAAGGAGUGGCUGGUGGGCACCGGACGGGGCAACGGCGGCGUCGACCUGACGGUCAACAUCCUCUCGGCCGCCGCGUGGCCGACCUUCCCCGACGUCAAGGUGCUGCUUCCCAAGGAGGUGUUGGAGCAGAUCAACACCUUUGACGGGUACUACAAGUCGAAGCAUACGGGUCGGCGGCUGACCUGGAAGCACAACAUGGCACACUGCGUCAUCAAGGCGCAGUUCAACCGCGGCCCCAAGGAGCUCCAAGUCAGCGCGCCGCAAGCGUCCGUCCUGAUGCUCUUCAACGAGGUCGAAAACGACGACCCCGCCAGCUCGACCGCCGGCGUGCUGUCCUACGACCAGAUCGCCCAGUCCACUGGUCUCCAGGGCGGCGAGCUCAACCGCACGCUGCAGUCGCUCGCCUGCGGCAAGGCGCGCGUGCUGACCAAGCACCCCAAGGGCCGCGACGUGUCGCCCACCGACACCUUCACCGUCAACAAGGCCUUUACGGACCCCAAGUUCCGCGUCAAGAUCAACCAGAUCCAGCUGAAAGAGACCAAGGAGGAGAACCGCGAGACGCACCAGCGGGUCGCGGCCGACCGCCAGUUCGAGACGCAGGCGGCCAUUGUUCGCAUCAUGAAGAGCCGCAAGAAGAUGACGCAUGCGCAGCUCGUGGCCGAGGUCAUCAACCAGACCAAGUCGAGGGGUGCCGUCGACGCGGGGGAUAUUAAAGCCAACAUUGAAAAGCUCAUCGAGAAGGACUACUUGGAGCGCGAGGGAGGAUCGUACACGUACUUGGCGUAGGCAUUGACAAGAAAGGGAGCUGGUUCCGUGGGCCAAUAAACCAGGAACUUGGGCGUUGGAGAUAUCGUGGAAGAUGUGUCGCGUCCUCCAUACAUUGUACGGAUUUAGGGAUUGAGGCAUGCCAUGUCCGUAGGGGUAGAACAACCUUGGCAAAGAGACUUAAGGGGCUCGGCCAGUCUGCCCGGGUUGAUACAAUUGACUGCGCGGCAUCAGGUAUUGAUACAUACAAUCUGCUCCGUUCCUCGGGGAUUCGCUCUAGUUCCGAGCGCAGUGGCUGUGG